AGGAGAUUGUGUACUCAUCACCCGGAUUGCAGAACCUACCGCUGGAGUUGUUGACGUUAAAGUUUGACCGAUUCGGGAGAAGUUUCCGGGGAUCAAGGAGAUGGAGUUACCUGUGUAGGGGGCCAUCUCUGUGUAACUAUGGCCUGAAUCUUGGCUCAUCAAGCCACACCGGCUCUUCUACUUCGCCCCCUUCAGCCGAACAAACCGGCGCGUCUUCAAGCAUUUCCGAAGAGCAGAUUCCCCAACCCGGCCACCGACGAGUACUAUCUGCACCUGUUCGCGGCGCAACAGCCCCGACCUGAAAUGGGAGAACCCGGCCACGCGGGCACACGCUGUACGCGUCGGCCAUGGAAUUCUGGGCUGCGGAAGGGCAUCAUCGACGGGUUCCGCGUCGACACGGUGAACAUGUACAGCAAGCCGCCCAGCUUCCCCGGACGCGCCGGUGCGCGACCCUGGCCAACCGCGACCAGCCGGCGGCGGACCGGUUCUGCAACGGGGGGCGCAUGCCCGAGUUCCUGGCGGAGAUGACCGCCAUCCUCCGAAAGCACAGACCGGCCGGCGACGCCAUCACCGUCGGCGAGCUGCCCAACACCCCGCACCUCCCGGACGUCCUGCAGUACUGUAUGUCAGCGCGGCCGCCCCGCACCCGCUCAGCAUGGUGUUCCAGUUCGACGUGGUUGACAGCAACAUGGGCACGGACCGGCGGUUUGACACGGUGCCCGCGCACGUGGACGCUGAGCGACCUGCGCGCGCGCGUGGGCGCCACGCAGACGCUCAUGGACGGCACCUCGGAUGGGUGGAGCACCGCCGUCCUCGAGAACCACGACCAGGCGCGCUGCGCGGAGAGCGCUAAGAUGCUCGCUAUACUGGUCGCCCGCCUCUCCGGGACCCUGUUCCUGUACCAGGGCCAGGAGAUCGGCAUGGUCAACGCCCCGCCCGCCUGGGACGUGGCCGAGUACAAGGACGUCGACAGCGUCAACUACUACCGCUACGUGCGGGAGACGGCAGGCGACGACGACGAUGAUGAUGAUGAAAACCCCGGCGCCCUCCGCAGGGCCCGCGCGGCCCUGAAUUACCUGGCCCGCGACCAUGCGCGCCUGCCCAUGCAGUGGAAUGCGUUGCCGCACGCCGGCUUCACGGACCCCCGCGCCACGCCGUGGAUGCGCGUGCAUGACAACUAUCCCACGGUGAAUGUGAAGCGCCAGGCGUCGGAGGACGGGUCGGGGCUGAAUUUCUGGCGGGGUCUUGACCCGCCGAACGAGGCGGUGUUCGUCUUUGAGAAGAUGGGCCGGAGCGAAAAGUUGGUGGUGGCGUUGAGCUUUAUUGGAGAGGUGCAGCCGGUGGCAUUGGAGGGCCAGUUUCAUGAGAAAGCGAGGAAGACGUCGGUUAAAGAUUAUGAGGAGGAGAGGCUCGAUGCGUUGCAGCCGUGUGAGGGCCGGAUUUAUAUGGUGGAGGUUUAG